CAAAAUAAAAGAAAAGAAAACAUAUUUUAGACUUUUACUAUUUGUUUUAAUCAAGUCAAGCAAAUAUAGAAAGCAAAAUCAGCAAAGUCUCCUUCCAAGGAGAAGUAAGAGCUAAGUUCAGAGACUGCUGCAUAAUCAGAGCUCCGGUAAAGCAAGAGGAAGAGAUAAUGGCAGAAACGAAGACUGUGCAUUCACCGUUGGUCACUUAUGUUUCAAUGCUUUCACUUCUGACUCUCUGCCCUCCCUUUGUUAUUUUGCUAUGGUACACAAUGGUGCAUGCUGAUGGCUCAGUUUGCCAAACUUGGAGUUUUCUGAAGCAAAAUGGGUUUCAGGGAUUCAUAAACAUAUGGCCAAGACCCACCGCGACAGCAUGGAAAAUAAUUGCUUGUUAUGCAGCAUUUGAGGCUGCACUUCAGCUUCUUUUACCUGGAAAAAGGGUUGAGGGUCCAAUUUCUCCUCAAGGGAAUCGACCAAUUUACAAGGCAAAUGGUGUGGCAGCAUAUAUAGUAACUUUAGUUACCUAUCUGAGCCUUUGGUGGUUUGGGAUAUUCAACCCCUCGAUCAUUUAUGAUCAUCUGGGAGAAAUAUUUUCAGCUCUCAUCUUUGGAAGCUUCUUCUUCUGUGUUUUCUUGUACAUAAAAGGUCAUUUGGCGCCAUCCUCUAAUGAUUCUGGUUCAUGCGGUAACAUAAUAAUGGACUUCUAUUGGGGCAUGGAGCUGUAUCCUCGAAUAGGAAAGAACUUUGACAUCAAAGUUUUCACAAACUGCAGAUUCGGGAUGAUGGGUUGGGCAGUACUAGCAUUGACCUACUGCAUUAAACAGUAUGAGCAGAAUGGAAAAGUAGCUGAUUCCAUGCUUGUAAAUACAAUAUUGAUGUUAGUGUAUGUUACAAAGUUUUUUUGGUGGGAAGCUGGAUACUGGAACACAAUGGACAUUGCACAUGAUCGAGCCGGAUUUUAUAUUUGCUGGGGAUGCUUGGUAUGGGUUCCAUCUUUGUAUACUUCUCCUGGCAUGUACUUAGUCAACCAUCCUGUGAACCUUGGAACUCAGCUGGCACUUUAUAUAUUAGUGGCAGGCAUUCUCUGCAUAUAUAUCAACUAUGAUUGCGACAGGCAAAGGCAAGAAUUUCGCAGAACAAAUGGCAAAUGCUUGGUUUGGGGAAAGGCUCCAUCAAAGAUUGUUGCUUCAUACACUACAUCGUCUGGGGAAACAAAGAACAGCCUUCUUCUAACCUCAGGAUGGUGGGGGUUAUCUCGUCAUUUCCAUUAUGUACCUGAAAUAUUAGCAGCUUUUUUCUGGACCGUUCCAGCUCUUUUUAAUCAUUUUCUACCCUACUUCUAUGUGAUAUUUCUUACCAUCCUUCUUUUUGACCGAGCUAAGAGGGAUGACGAUAGAUGUCGGGCCAAGUAUGGGAAGUACUGGAAGUUGUAUUGCGAGAAGGUACCGUAUCGAAUCAUUCCUGGAAUCUACUGAGAAUCUAUCUGUCUGGCAGUAUACCUGAUGGCUGACCAAGGAAAGGAUGCUGUGUAAUAAUGCCGUUCCCAUUUGUAAUUUUAGCGAAGUUUUGACAUUUAAAGAUUUUAGCUGUAUAAUGUACAAUGAAUGUGUUAUAAUGGGUUUGGUGGUCUCUUACAUUUUCUUUUUUGAAAUUAAUUGUUGUAUGUAAAUGCCAACUGAAACUGAAUUUCAGAAAUAUAAUGUGGAAGUGGGUUGAGGAGCA